CUCAAGACCCACUUUUGGGAAGCAUUGAUCUAAGGCCUCCGCAAAUCACUGAGUACUUCCCGAGGGCCCUACGCUGAAUGCUUCACAUGUAUUACGUUGCUUCUCAGGACAGUCCUGUGAGCCUCGCCACGAUCCCAUGGUACCUCCAAUCCCAGGAAGUCGGAGAGGCAGGAUGUGAGCCCCAGGUAGUCGGUGACAGAUCCCCCCCCUUCCACAGUGCAGUGUGACAGUGAUGUGCAGCGGGACAGCGGCACACCUCUGAGGCUCAGACAUUGCGUAGCCUUGCACAAGCACAGAAGUGAGCAGACCACAGCCAUCCUCUGAUGGUACAGGCAUGGAUGGGAAGAAAUGCAGUGUAUGGAUGUUUUUACCUCUUGUAUUUACUUUGUUUACUUCAGCUGGAUUAUGGAUAGUAUACUUUAUAGCUGUGGAAGAUGACAAAAUUUUCCCAUUAAAUUCAGCUGAAAGGAAACCGGGUGUGAAGCACGCACCUUAUAUAAGUAUUGCAGGUGACGAGCCCCCAGCAAGCUGCGUGUUUAGUCAAGUCAUGAACAUGGCAGCCUUCCUAGCUCUUGUGGUAGCUGUUCUGCGCUUCAUACAACUGAAACCCAAGGUUUUAAAUCCAUGGCUGAAUAUUAGUGGAUUGGUGGCGCUGUGCCUGGCUUCCUUUGGAAUGACCUUACUUGGUAAUUUUCAGCUCACGAACGACGAGGAGAUCCACAAUGUCGGCACGUCCCUGACCUUCGGCUUCGGCACGCUGACCUGCUGGAUCCAGGCCGCCCUGACGCUCAGGGUGAACAUCAAGAACGAAGGGCGGAGAGUGGGCGUCCCGCGCGUGGUGCUCGCCGCCUCCGUCACCCUCUGCGUGGUCCUCUAUUUCAUCCUCAUGGCCCAAGGCAUCCACAUGUAUGCGGCCCGGGUCCAGUGGGGACUGGUCAUGUGCUUCCUGUCUUACUUUGGCACCUUUGCUGUGGAGUUCCGGCAUUACCGCUACGAGAUUGUGUGUUCCGAGUACCAGGAGAAUUUCCUGAGCUUCUCCGAAAGCCUGUCGGAAGCUUCUGAGUAUCAAACCGACCAGGUGUAACCCGUCAGCUUCUCCUUGCCGGUGAGGUGGGUGCGCUGGGGGGAGGAGCCGGAAGGACACACCCACGGGACUCGGUACAGAACCUCUUCACACAUUUUCCACCCACACGUUCAUGGCCACAUCUGCCAAAUGAGCUUUUCAGGGCAAGGUAUGUCUUUAAUGGAAAAGCACAAGCCCUUAUGUGUCGAAAUACAUGCUGUUACACUGAAAACAUAUGCACGACAGAGCCAGAAGCCUGUGCAUGAUCACUUCUCCUUUCCCUCUCUCUCCCAGUUAUCCCUGCUGUUCUCAUUCUCUCACACGUUUCAGACUUCGUGAUCUCCCUGCCACAGAGUAGGGCGGGCCAAAUGUAACACGGGAAUAAUGCCAACUCCCAAAGUGGCCUUCAGAUCCAAAGGGCUUGGACCCAGCUCAUGAGGAAGUUCUGAAUCUGGCGCUCAGACUCCUGAAUGGACUGCGGAUCAUCUGACUGGAUGGAAACUGCAGUGAUGGGACCCCUGUAACCCAUGGAAAGGUCUGGGGUCUGGAACUUAACUCCUUUCACCAUGGUUCGGUGGUCGGCCGUGUGGAGUCAAGGAGAGGAGUAGGCUACAAGCCCAUCACCGUGAUUUGGACUUUACUGUGACUGAGAACUAUUUCCAAAUGUGAAUAUUUGUAGGGGUGUGGUCUGCCAGGCAUGGGACAAGAUGGGGGCAGUGAGGGUGUGGGGUCGUUUUUGCUUCUGUAGUAUGCUAUGUACAGCUUUUGUUUCAUAGUUCAUAGUUUGCCUUCUUUUUUUCUUUAAGUAACUACCGUGGGUCUCUUGAGGCCCAUGGACAAAGAAGAUGUAGGCCAAGUGCAAGAGCUAAGCUUGUUUUGGGUUCAACCAUGAUAAAAGAAAAAAAAAAAAAAAGGUGACCUGCAGGCUUCAUUUGCUGCUUUUUAAAAGGUUCAAAGCUAAGAAAAUGUUCACAGAAAAGCACAAAGAAAUAUUUGUGGAGGUAAUAAAAAGAGCUCCUGCUGGACAUUUAUAAAAGGAGUCUUAGAGUAUCUUGUUACAAGUCCAGAUCAAGGGAGAGCUUCUUAACAUGUAUCUGUAGCUCAAAUUUAGUAUUUGAUUGGGGCGGGGAGGUGGCUUAAGGGCUUUUUCAUACUUGGGAUUUAUAGAAACCAGCUAAACGAUCACCCCUUCCCGCCCAAAACCGGCACGGCUGAUCCCCUGCUGCCCAACAUACACUUUCCACCUGCACAGAGUUUAAAACGCAAACUGGAGGCCUCGGCUUUUGGGGCCGUGCUUCAUAAAGAGCAGAAUUCUAAGUUCAAAAUGCCCUGCAGUGGGCCAUGUUGACAGACUCUCCAUGAAUGCACUUUGUUUCAGAAAGUCCCCAAAUGUACUUCCCAGGAGCCUGGGACCUCAUGGAAUGUAAUGUGAAAAACGCUGUUUUUUUAAUUCAACCCAGACUUGGACUCUUGAGGAAGGGGUUCAUGACUUUUCAUCUCUGUGUUUCUCUCUGCCUCCCAGCACAGUGCCUGGCACGUAUGGGUGCUGAACAAAUGUCUGUUCAAUAGAAUGACUGGUAGUUUAAGAGCAGGAGAAAGGAGUACCAGAGAAAGAGUCAUAGAUGAGCGAGCAGAUGACUGUUUCAAGCAAGCAGGAAUGGAAGAAAUCCGAGAGUAGGAGCAGAUGGGGAUGAGAACCCCUACGAGGGAUACGUGAAAUGUGAGGAAAGAAUCAAGAAGCCGAGAACAUUCUGCUACGAAAGAGGCAUCUUACUGUACAUAGUCCAAGGUGACAUUUAUUAUUUUUGAAUACUGCUUUUGGGUUUGUUUUUUCAUUUUUAUAUUUUAAGAAAUUUUAAUCAGAAAACAAAGACUUAUGAAGUUUUCUUUUACUCUGCACAAUCCAAAUUAAACAGCUUUUGGUGAUGCACUGUAUACUUUCUUAAGUAUAUCUAAAUAGCACAUUUUAGCAGAAUCAAGCAGUGACUGGCAUUAUUCAUUGGGAUCUGACCACUAAAUAAAAUUCUUUUAUGCAGAAUUAUGA